UAAUAGCAGCCCACUGCCUCUGAAGCCCAUUCUAUCCUCCAGUCCUCACUCGCCGUUAGCUCGAUAAAGAAAAAAUCACAAUGGCAGAAGUCGCUCCAGCUCCUCCUCCAGCCAAAUCCCCGAAGAAGAAGGCUGUUAAGCCCAAGCCAACAGGACCAAGCGUCGGCGAGCUUAUCGUGAAAGCUAUUUCUGCAUCCAAGGAGAAGAAAGGAGUUUCUCUUGCAGCUCUGAAGAAGGCUCUGGUUGCCGGCGGAUACGACGUAGAAAAGAAAAAUGCUCGUGUCAAGUUGGCCAUCAAGAGUCUAGUUGCUAAGGGCACACUGGUCCAAACUAAAGGCACCGGUGCGACUGGCUCCUUCAAGCUGAACAAGACACAAGCCGAGGCACAGAAGAAGGCUGAGAAGAAAGCCGCCCCUAAAGCGAAGAAACCCGCAGCAAAGAAGCCUGCUGCAGCAAAGAAACCCAAGAAGGCAGCGGUGGCUAAGAAGCCAGUGGUGGCUAAGAAGUCUCCGAAGAAAGCCAAGAAGCCAGCCACCCUUAAAAAGGCCACAAAGAGUCCCAAGAAGGCUAUCAAGCCCGCAGCUCCCAAGAAGGCAGCCAAGAGCCCGAAGAAGGCCAAGGCUGCUAAGCCCAAAGCAGCAGCGAAGCCUGAGGCGGCUAAACCUAAGAGGGCUGCCCCUAAGCAGAGGUAAACUGCGAUUAGCUUCAAGUAUUCGUGACUUAAACAAAGGUUCUUUUAAGAGCCACCCAAUCAUUUCUCCAAAAGCUCGUACUCCAGAGAACACGGUAACAUCAACAUGUAAUGUUCGUUUAAACAAGGUUUCUAUGUGGCCUUAUAAAAAUGGUUUCCAGUG